AUGCUUUUAUCUCUUACCCACCUGAGUCACCUCUCAGUACUGACGCCUUUCACGCGAGCAUGGCAUGCUUGUGCGCUUGCGCCCCCGCCUGAGGAAAACAUAGAGGCUUCCGCAGCUACCCUUAAAACCCUGGAAUCCCGUGCCGUUGCUAUGGGCAACCGUCACUUCCGCCCAGGUGAAGACCGGCAACCACAAACCCCAAGCCUGGAAAGCCCCGGAAGCUCAGCCGCCGGGGACAGUCUUGCCGCAGCUAUGUUUAUGCCUUCUCCCUCAUAUCCGCUUCCGUGUCGCGGGGGCGCCGCGCACCCAGUCAGAUUGCUCCCUCGCUUCCUUCGCCCCGCCCCUGCCGCUGUAAUUGGUCUUGCUUUGUCUCCCGCUCGUUUUCUUUUCUCCUCGGUCGGCUUACUCUCUUCUUGAUUUUGGAGGGGCUAGGGAUCCUCGCUGCUCCUCAGCAGGUCCCAUCGGCGCAGGAUAUAAGUGUGUGCAGCGGGUCUGCUCAGCAUAAGGUGGACGUGGGGGACGGGGCGGGUGGAGUGGUUACAGGCGCCUCACACACCCCCUUCCCAAAUAGGGCGCAGAGAACGGCGGUGGGGACCUAAGUGGUGGUUUUGCAUCGUAUGUGUAAAGUAUAUGGAACACCUCCCUACACGGGUAUCGCCACACAGUGUGUGCGUGUGUGUUGUAUGUACGUCAGUAAAUACAGUAUAUGAAUGUAUUCGUAGGAAUUUUUGUUCCGUGUGCUGUCGGCGGCCUUACAGUAGUUCAACUCAAUACAACAUAGAAUCACAUAAAUACUACUAAAUAUAGCGAUCCUAAUUUAUAAACUUUAUGUGUGUUAGUUUAUAUGUUUAAGUGUAUACAUCUGAAAUAUUACGUAUUUUGUGUGAUGUCUGUAUAAUGUGAAGGUAUGAAUUGCUACUGAGUAAAUGCAGCAAAAGCAGCAGAAACUUGAGUGUAAGUGUGCGUGUGAUAUAUUUAUAGAGAGCGCAUGCAAAACUGUUAGUAAUUGUCAUCAGUGUAUGAUUUUAGUGAUUAACAGAAUCUUACCAGGAUCCAGAGCUGUGUGAAUAUUUUAAAAUGUCUCUUUAUAUUUAUAUAUGCAUCACACAAAAAUGUAUGUUUAUUUAUGUGUGUAUGGUUAGAUAGAUAAAUGGAUAUAGGACCACCACAGAAAUGCAGGAAAACAGCAUCAAGUAUAGGCUAAAGAAUUUAAUUGUGUUAAAGGUGCUUCAAGAUGUUCUUUGGUUUAUGCUGCAACAGAGCAGCACAGCUGCCUACUGGAAGUUGAGUAAAUGCCAGUUUUGUCCAAGCUGACCUUUGAACUUGUGUGGGAUGUAGGGACAGCACUUGUCAGCUUGAGAAUGCAUAUGAGACAUUGACUUUGGUGUGUUUCAGCUCACAAAAGUUUUGUUUUAUUCUUAGAUCUGA